AAAUUCCAAUGGCCUAUUUUUUCACAUGCUUGCAGAGAAUGGUUUACCAAAACUAAGUUACUGGGUUGAUCUUUUUCACAUUUUCUAGGUUGAUAGAACCCAAUUAUAACACUUAAACAUGGAAAAAGUCAGAUUUUUAUGCCAUGGCCCCUUUCAAAAUACAUAGACCCUGACCUGAAGCACUUUUCCAUGUCAAAUACGUUUACAAAUGAGGUCACUAAAGUUGUAUUUCAAACAGGAUAAUUAAAAUUUAAAUGGCAGGAGGAAGAGUUGCCUACUUUAAUUUUUGAAUGUUUUUUGUGCCCAUAUAAGGUUUGAUCAGCUAAAAUAUUGAACUUUAGGAUGUUUGGCAUCAAUCUUAACUCUAUGCUUGUGAGUGUAUGUGGUUGAAAUCUGAUGGUCCCAUUAGCCUCUGCCUUUUAUGGGGGGAUUAUGUCGUCACAUUGAGCCCGAGUCCAUUAUAAAUGCCCUCUAUAGCCCCUUUGUGGUUAGUCGGACCAGCUCUACAUGGUGUGGGCAGGAUAUUUUCUCUAACCUCUGUAGUCCUGUAGAUUUUAGCAUUGAUGUUCAGGUCUCUCUGACGAAACCCUUUAUGUUUCCUAUGCGUGCACACACACAGCCAUACACGACUCGUGUUUAGCAGUUUAGAAAAUUUGUGCAUGGCUGCAUGUGUGUGCAUUUACAUGCAAGUUCCUUCACGACAUUAGCAUUCACGGCAAGAUCUACAACUGGAAUUUUAAUAAUUUUUUAUUUGGCCUUGACUUGACUCAAUUUAAAUUAGCUUUAUAGUUAAAAUAAAAUCCCGAAAAAAUACCCACUCCACUCAGAGUAGUUGGAUUUCCUAAAUAAUGAUGUGGGAGUUUCGCUCUAUGACGUUUUGGCGGGCCGUGUUUGCCGAGUUUUUUGGCACCAUGUUUUUCGUCUUCUUCGGGAUGGGAGCGGCGCUACGCUGGACUACCGGCCCAUAUCAGGUCUUCCACACCGCCCUCUGCUUUGGCUUUGCAGCUGCCACAAUGAUCCAAUCCAUCGGCCACAUCAGCGGAGGACACAUCAACCCGGCCGUCACCUUCGCCUACUUGGUCGGCUCUCGGCUGUCUUUCUUCCGUGCGGUCUUCUACAUCUGCGCUCAGUGUCUGGGGGCCUUGGCAGGGGCCGGGGCCCUUUAUGGAGUCACACCUAACAGCAUCAGAGGCACAUUCGCACCUAAUACAUUGCAGCCAGGCAUGAGUUUGGGCAUGUCGACCACAGUCGAGGUGUUUCUCACCAUGCAGCUGGUGAUCUGUGUCUUUUCCGUCACAGAUGAGAGAAGAAAUGGACGUCUGGGGUCUGCUGCUCUAUCUAUUGGCUUUUCUAUCACCAUGGGUCACCUGAUGGGGAUGUAUUACACUGGAGCCGGUAUGAACCCAGCUCGGUCUUUCGCUCCGGCUGUUCUCAUGAGGAACUUCAUUAACCAUUGGGUGUACUGGGUGGGUCCCAUGAUCGGUGGUGCAAUGGGUGCCAUUUUUUAUGAUUUCAUUCUGUUCCCCCGUAUGAGGGGUCUCUCUGAGCGGAUAGCCACACUUAAAGGCAGCCGACCACCAGAGGCCGAAAACCAGCGGGAGAACCGUGGGGAGCCCAUUGAGCUGACGACUCAAUCCCUAUGA